GCUGUCUGUCUCUCUCACAAAGACUCACACACGAUGGCAGAAGCAAGUAUUCCAGUGGAUCAGGAUGAGUUCAUGUGUCCGGUGUGUCUGGAUCUGCUGAAGGAUCCAGUGAGCGUUCCCUGUGGACACGGUUACUGUAAGAGCUGUAUUUCAGGUCACUGGGUUCAGGAGGAUCAGAAGAGAGUCUACAGCUGUCCUCAGUGCAGACAGACCUUCAGUCCAAGAUCUGCUUUAUCUACCAAUGUGCUGCUGGCUGAAAUGGUGAAGAAACUGAAGAAGACCAGACUCCAAACCGCUGACUGUUCCUCUGGAGCUGGAGAUGUGCAGUGUGACGUCAGUACUGGGAAGAAACUCAAAGCUGUCAAGUCCUGUCUGGUGUGUGUGAACUCUUACUGUCACAAUCACCUCCAACAACAUGAGAGCUUCUUCAGAAGCAAGAAACACAAACUGACCGAAGCCACUGGACGACUGCAGGAGAUGAUCUGCACUAAACAUGAAGAACCGCUGAAGCUCUACUGCAGAACCGACCAGUGCUGCAUUUGUUAUCUGUGUUUGAUGGAUGAACACAAGAACCAUGAAACUGUGACGACGGAAGCAGAGAGGACAGAGAAACAGGUACGAGCUCAAUCACAUUACACAUCAGAAUAUGACUGA